AUUUUUCGCUUAUGGUUGUGGAAAGGAAAGUUCUUAGCAAUUGAAAUCUAUUCAGUAUUAUUAUGUUGGAUCUUAUAACUAUUUUGACAUGAAUAGAUGCAAAGAUUCGUACAUAUAAUUGUCAGAAACAGAUAUUUGUGAGCAAAGUGGCAGAGGUGGAGGGAUUAGGUUGGAAAAAUAGGCUUCCACUGCUGAGUUGAUGACCUUGACAAAGUACUGAGAAAGCUAAAAAUAAUACACACUGUGGACUUCCGGGACGCCGCGGCCACAGAAAAGGAGCGCGAGAUAACUCCUCCGGGGGAGUCUCGAACAGCAUGGAGAUUUAGAGGGGCCAUGAAGGCUACGUGAACCCCGAAACCACAGGAGGGAAUCCUGGGGGACAAGCACCCUGCGACGCUGCCUGUGCUCGCCUGUGUUGCCGGUGUUUUAACAAGGCUGGAGCUGCAGCGUAAAGGGGAGGCAACAGACUCCAUGCUGUGAUGCCUCAAGCUCCGAGGGAAAGCGGCGGACCUCCAACAACAGCGGAGAAGCUGGGAAGGAGUUAUAAAAACACUGUGGAAAAAGCAGUGGAGGUUAAAGAAAAUAUUGGAGAACAUCAAUUAGGGACCAACAGAUGAUCUCCAAAGUCUUGUUAGAUUCAAGUGGAUUUAUAUGCGACCAACUGAGACCGGAUCUAGUACUCCAUCUUCUCUGAUGACCAGGAGAGAAGACUGAGAGGAUGGGGAAGCCAGCGCCCGCAAAGCCGGCAAAGCCUGCAGCACCUGCAAAGGCUGCAGCUCCAGGAGGAGCAGAACAACCAGGAACUGGAGUAUCUGGUUUUCAGAAAUUUGUAAACUUCGUGAAAUCUCCCAUGGGUGAAUACAUUGUCGUAUUUAUGAUGAUCCUCUUUACUGCGUUGACACUGCUGCUUUUCCUGCUAUAUCAAAAGGAACUUAAAAAAAGAGCAGAGUUUCAAAUGGCAAUUGAUAUGAUUCGGACCUUUGUUGUUGGGCUUGAUUCAAUCCAUGAAGACAAGGAUGACUUCGGAAUACUUGCUGUGGCUCAAAACAAAUCAGAGGAAAUGCGGCAUAUUGCCAACAAAAAUGAUGAACUGCAAAAAGAAAUUGACCUCCUUAUUGGUAACUUGAAUGACGGUUGGAUUAUAUAUCAAAGGACAAUGUAUUUGCUUUCUCGUGAACAAGACUCAUGGGCAGAUUCCAAAAAAAAAUGUGAGAGGGAAGGUGCCCAGCUCCUUUCUAUGGAAACAAGGGAAGAACAGUAUUUUAUAAACAGGGAAGUACAAAAGCGCAACAAGUUUUAUUGGUUUGGAGUCUUUAAAGACUCGGCAACAAAGAAAUGGAGAUGGCUGGUAGGAAUAGAGGCUAUAAUCACGUACUGGAAACCAGAUGAGCCUAAAAACGAAGACAGAAACCAUUGUGCUGCAAUGGGCCUUGAUUGUGAUAAGGAUUGCUGGAUAGCAUUACACUGUGAGCAACGCUUAGGGUACAUUUGUAAGAAGGUGCCUAGUGAUGCUUGGCUCUAAGAAGACACUUUAAGAUGAACGAAACUGGAUCUCACGAUCACUACACAAAAACAAAACCAGGAGAUUAAACAAAACCUCACUGUUUUAAUGCACAAUCCACACUCUGCCAUCUAGAUUAUAUGACUCUUUGGCAUCAGCACUCAAAAACACCUUGAAAAGAAAUUAUUCUGCAAACUCAAAUGUAGAUGGCUACAAAAAUAAAGAAUGGAAGCAUCCAGUCAUA